AGUAUUCUCCAAAGAGAAAGAUUUUGCCGCAUGCAAGGAAGUUAAAGCUUUUCAAGAUAUAAUGAAAUUAAAAGUUUAAACAUGAAGCUAGAAAGCAUAAAAAGCGUAAACUGGAGGAAAUGAAAGAACGAUCAGAAAAUAUGGGAAGUUCCAAGCCUAAAUCAACAGAUUAUUUGAUGCGCCGAGCAAAGGUUGAAGAGCAAAUGAAACGUGUUUUAAAAGUCUAUUUUAAAAAUAGAGAAAUUACUAAGGAGGAAUACAAGAAUAUUUUAAAGAAAGCUGUUCCUCAGGUUACCUUGUCGGACAGUCCCAUUAUCCCUGCGAAGAUUCAAUCGUUAAUGACAAAGUUUGUUCGUAAAUGCAAAGGCCAACGUUUGAGAGAAGAUAAAAAAUCGACAAAAACAGCAACAAAAACAGCAACAAAAACAAAAAAAGAGUUUGCUGAACAGCAAAGAUAACUAGAACUCCAAAUUCAAGCCAGUAAUGUUGUUAUUGCUUCCGAAAAAAUGUUCCGAGUGCUUCCGAAUCUUCUUAUGCCACCUGUUAUCAAUUUAUGAGUGUUUUUGUUAUGCUUUUUGUUAUGCAUUUGGUUUUACCAAAUUAUUGCACACAUAUACCUACAAAUAAUGAUACUUAUUUAUAAAUAAGAUUUAUGAGUAACUGGCAAAAAGAUCAGUUAUUCAAGCUUGA